GAAUCUGCUGCGGAUUUGAGCCGUGCACAUUUUUCCCGCUAGCUACCAGCUCAGUGUAACGCUGCAGCUGUCCUCGAUUAUUACCCCGUCCAGGCGUCGACUCUGCGCAGACAGCCUUCCUGCGAGCGCAAGGUGCGGACUUCGUUUGUAGAGGUUGGAAGAUUAGGUAGACAUACUGAAUUGAUGAUCGAAUGUUCUCGUUCUCAGUCAGGUCAGUAUCAGUACCAGUAGAGAUUGAUGUUCGAUCAGAUCGCGCAAUUAAUUAUAGUUCCAGGAUCCGUUCAUCUAUCGCGUACUUGUUCGAUCUUGUAGCUGAACUGAUCGAAUCCGAUCUCGUUUCCGCUCUCCCUUGCAAUCGCCUUUUAUGUCUAGGUUCAAUCACACGUCUGGAGUGGCGCGUUGAUUCAGGGUUCUGCACUCGUUGUAAAUCUUUCGAUGCAUAGACCGUGGUGUCCAUGGAUCGGCCUGUUGACCAUGAAAAUGUCCUGGUCCGAUCUUAUGCUACACUAUGCUCUUUCGAGAACUGUCUUCAAUGUUGAGAGAAUAAAAAGACUUCGCCCUUGAAUGC